AUGUUCUCCGGACCUCUGAAAGCCAAACGCGAGGAGGAGAAAUUGUCCUACCUAUUACUAUGGCCAGGCGAAAAAGGAAGGGAUAUUCACUCCACGUGGGGUGACAUAUCUGAAGAAGAUUCAAAGAAACUGGACACGUAUUACACCAGAUUUCAAGCUCACGUACAGCCAAAGCUGAAUCCCAUAUUUGCGAGAUACAAAUUCUACAACGAAAUACAGGGCGGCGAUUCAAUCGACGCAUUCGUCACUCGACUACGGUUGACAGCAAGAGACUGCAACUUUCGCGACACGGACAACAUGAUUCGCGACCGUAUUGUGUUUGGCACGAAUUCAUCGAAGAUUCGUGAAAAGCUUAUAAACAUCGAAGCAGAAGUAACUCUCGACACAGCAAUUCAGAUUGCACAGUCUUUAGAGUACUCACAGAAGCAGCUUCGGACCAUGACUGAACAGGACGUUCAUCGUAUCCAUACAAGGAGAGCGGGAAGUAACGUGCAACCGCAGCGGCAACAGCUACAGCCAGAUAGGCGUUCAGGACCAAACAUCGCAAGGGUGAAGACGCGGGAACAUUUCAAACAAUCGUGUGACUUUUGUGGAAGAAAACAUCCAAAGACUGCGAAAUGCCCAGCGAAGGGAGUGACAUGUCACUAA